GGGACUACAUUUCCCAUGAGUCCUCGCGCCGCAUCGCGGAGGCAUUGUGGGAUCGCGUCCCCCCGCAGCUCCGGAGCGAGGGGCCGCGGCGCCGGACGGGAGGUGCGGGUCGCCAGCAAAAAGGCAAAGUACACGAAACAAUUGUUUGAAGACACUGGAUGUCAGACAAUGCAGGACAGUCAUCCCUGUGAGAUGGAAAACCAACGAGCUUUGUCUUUUCUCCAGCUUUGUCUUCUCGGAUCUUUCAUUAUUCAAGAAAGCAUCAGCAAGCACACAGAGGGCAUGGAAACCAAGCCACUCACUGCCCGGUUCCCGGCACUGGUGACCUUCAAAGAUGUACUUGUGAACUUCACCAGGGAGGAGUGGGAGCUCCUGGACGCUGCGCAGCAGGUCAUGUACAGAGAUGUGAUGUUGGAGAACUACAGUAAUCUGGUUUCCUUGGGACAUCAACUUCCCAAGCCAGAUGUGAUCCUCCAGUUGGAAAAAGGGGAAGAGCCAUGGCUGUUGGAGAGAAGGAUUCACCAAGAUGCCCAUCCAGGCACCGGCUUAUUCAUACUGGAGAAAAACCCUAUGAAUGUAAAGAAUGUGGAAAAUUUUUCAGCCGUAGUUCUCAUCUCAUUGGACAUCAAAAGACUCACACUGGUGAGGAACCCUAUGAAUGUGCUGUUCCUCUCCUUCAGCGUCUGUGACUAG